AGCGGGCACCGAGUCGUCUGGCAGAACAGCGGGCACAGAGUCGUCUGGCAAGACAGUGGGCUCCGAGUCAACAGGCACGACAGUGGGCACCGGGUCAUCAGGUAUCGGAUUGUCUGGCUCGACAGCGGGCAUCGGGUCACCAGGUAUGACAGCGGGCACUGGGUCACCAGGCAUCAGGUCAUUUGGCUUGCCAGCGGGCACCGCGUCAUCUGGCAAGGCAGUGGGCACCGGGUCACCAGGUACCGGAUCGUCUGCAUCAACAGCGGGCAUCGAGUCAACUGGCCUAAUAGGAUCGUCGGGCUGGAUCAGUUCAUCAUGCUGAGUAGCGGCAUCAGGCUGAAUGCAGGCAUCAGGCUGAGCAGAGGCUUCAGGCUGAGUAGAGGCUUCAGGCUGAGUAGAGGCUUCAGGCUGAGGCUGAAGAGAGGCAUCAGGCUGAAGAGAGGCAUCAGGCUGAAGAGAGGCAUCCGGCUGAAGAGAGGCAUCCGGCUGAAGAGAGGCAUCCGGCUGAAGAGAGGCUUCAGGCUGAGUAGAGGCUUCAGGCUGAGUAGAGGCUUCAGGCUGAGUAGAGGCUUCAGGCUGAGUCACGGAAGGCAGGUUCACCGGUUUGGAUACUGG